AUCACAUACUGUUGUCCCAUCAUCUUCUAUCACCACAGUCACCUCCUUUUGAGAAAGCUGAAAUAUAGAGUAACAAAGUGUACCAACAGAGAAUCUCAGAAUCAAUACAGAAGAAGGGAUAUGCUGUAGUGGCCCCACAGGCCAGGCCGAGGAGACACACGUGCACUGAUUCCAUCAAGCUUCCCUCUCCCCGUGUCGGGGUCGCCCUACCAAGUAUGAGGCCAGAGACACUCCUUAACACCAAGACCUUUGAUCAUGAACAGACGGCACAAUGUCGGUGCUGUGAGCAGGUGACAAGAAAGUUUGGAGAAUUUGAAAAGGAACUAAAACAAACCAAAUGUAAUCAUAUCAUUACCCUCAGACAGAACCUGGUGGACCAACUAGAGCAGGUGACUCUAACCCUUCCUGAACCAGAAGGUAGACCAAGGGCUGGGAUAUUAUCUCCUGAGGAUGCCUUAAAAUACAGGAUGAUUGAGCUGUCCUCAGGGUCACAUGUCUUCAUACAUCGUGACCAACGAGACGCUGCCAUUGCUGCAGGUAGGACGCGUGGCCGGGACCUGAACGGGGAGAAGAUGGCUGCACAAUUACUGCACACCUUCUUUACGGACGAGGAGCUCGCUUCAAACAACUUGAAGGGUCCCCAUGAGGUUAUUGUCCAGGCUGUUACAGCAUUCUGUCUUGCCCGCAGUAGCAAGUCCCCAGAGAAAGUGAGGGCAUCGAUGUAUGCUGAACUUGCCUCCAUGCAAGAUCAAUGAUUUAAAACAGUACAGCACCAGAGUAAUGUUAACUACAUCAGUUAAAAUGCAAUGCAGAACAUUUUGGACAAGAGACCCAAGAGGUUAAUGUGCUAAAGAUUGUAGAGAUACAUAUAUAUCUAUGCGGCAAUUUCAUUUCAUGCCAGCAGGAAAUACAAAUACUAUAUCAUCCCUCUGGUAUAGUUGGUACUGUAUAUAUGUACAUUGAUUUUCCAACCAAUGAAAUCGAAGCUGAGGUGAAUAAUACAUGUACUGCGUUAUACAUACAUUGUACAUCAAUAUUCCUGUGUACCACAAUGCUAACAAACAUUUCUCACAAAUUUUGACACUGAACAUGGGAUGUGUAACAAAGACCGCAAAUAUAUUUAUAUAUUAUAAAUGGACUUUUCAUGCCUUUUUAGAAUAAAUUUGUACAUUUCCUUCGAAGUAGGAUUGGAUUCAAAUACGAACAACACAAACAGAUUUAUUUUUGACCUAACAAUAAGCAAUAAUCUACAAAUUAAAGUCGUGUGACAUGUAACUAUUAUUUAUUUCUCUUAAUCUUUGAAGUUUUAAUAAAAAUUUGUGCU